AUGGACUCAAGGGGCCUGACUAUAAGUUUAGAAUCCAUCAAAAAAGUUUGUCUAAUGCUCUUAGAACCGAAUUAUAAAAGCCGCCAAGAAGUCUGUGAUAAGAUUUAUGAAAAUUAUGCUACCUUGCUCCAAGAUGCUGUUGUAGAGUCUAAAGAAAAACCCCGAUCUGGGCAGCAAAGAAGAACUCUUUUAUCGAAGGACACUCGACUUUUUUUGGAAUCGGUUUUUGAGAAAAAGAGAUCUCCUAAUUCAAGAGAACGUAAGGCAAUUGCAGACAAAUGCGGCUUAACGCCUAUAUACAUUAGCUUUUCCGUUUUUAGCAGUUCGCAAGGCCACGGAAGUCAACAAAAAACAUUUCCUACUUAUUCUCCCAUCUUCUUAACGUUUUUCAUGUUUUGGUCUAAUUUCAGAACUUUCAACACUCCAUGA